CGGAGCGGUGCAUUUCGGGACGUGUAGUUUUCCCCGGCAGCACUGCGGGAGUCCCGGUUAGUGUGCUGGCCCGGCGCCGGAGGCUCCACCGCCCAGAGCUAUGAGAGCGAGGCCUCAGAGGGAAGUCACUUACCAGAGUAUGUAGGUUCUUCAUGCAGAGAACAAGUCUUCUGGCUCUUUGGGAUCAGACCUUCCAGCGCCCUGAACCUGACCUUCUAGCUCCUUCUCCUCAUGUGCUUAUCUGGGAGAGGCCUGCAUUGAUCAGUAGUAAAUUCACAGCUGUUCUGCCAUGAACUGGAAGGCUCUCGAACACGUGCCCUUGCUGCUGUAUAUCUUGGCGGCGAAGACAUUAAUUCUCUGCCUGGCAUUUGCUGGAGUGAAAAUAUACCAAAUGAAAAGGAUGGAAGCAAAACAGCAAGAACUGGAGGCUGAGAAGAAGCAGCAGUCAGAGAAGAAAGAUAACUGAAGGGGCAUCCAAGAUUUUGCAAUGUAAAUGUCAGCUCCAGUAGACCCUAGCCGAGAAGCAAGAACCACUGGGUGAUGUGUCAGAGGAUAAACUCCCAACCUGGGCCUUUAACUUAAAGCAAUGUGAAUUUUUAUAUGCUUUCGAAAGAACCAGUAUUUUGUGUACUAAAAUAAAAUACCUUUGUUAAAAGGA